UAUAAUAGUACCUUCAUUUCUGACCAAAAGAACAAGUCUUCAACCUCUUUUCAUUCUCAUGAGUGAGCAAAGGCUUCGAAAGGCAGUAUCUGAUAUUUCUAAUGAAAUUUUCAAGUAUGAAACUCUGAAGCUGGAAGCCAUUUCUAGCUCUGAUUCUGAAAUUCUUGAAGUGAAGCAAGCAGAAUGCGAAUGCUGUGGACUGAAAGAGGAUUGCACCCAAGAUUAUAUCUCCAUAGUUAAGGGCUCCCACUCUGGCUAUUGGGUUUGUGGCCUUUGCUCUGAAGCUGUUAAAGAAACGCUAGAGCAAGGUCCAAAAAUGGCCACGCAAGAAGCCGUGAGCUCUCAUAAGGAUUUUUGUCAGAAGUUCAACACCACCACUAGACUUAAUCCUAAACUAUCAUUAACUUGUGCAAUGAGAGAUAUAGCGAAAAGAAGUUCGGAGAAGAGACACUUCAAGAAUUCUUCUAUAUCAAAGCUUGCUAGAAGCACUAGCUGUGUCCCGAGGAUUGAUCUACAGCAAUAAUUAACCAUUAAAUUUAUAUUUAAUCUAGUCUUAACUAAUUAAUCUAAUCACUCUAAGUUACCCCUAACAUGUCCAUAUACGCAUAUAGUUCUACACAAGGUGCAUGAUUGAACUAUAUUUUAUAUCCAUGUUACUUUUUCCUUA